AUGGGAAGAGGAAGAGGGCGGCCGCGAAAAAUAUCGGUGCCUCCUCCACCAUUAUCGCCGGUGGUCUCUACCCCGGUAUCUCAAUCUCAAUCGGUUUUGCAAAGUAACACUGGUGACAAGAAUCUGAACACAGCGGAAGGUGCGGGAAUCAUAUAUUUUGGAGAAACUUCAGAAACUUCAGAUGCUCGGGAAGACGAAAGUAUUGGGAAGAAGCGCAACAAUAUUGAACUGGAAAAACCUAAUUCAACCCCAUCUCCAGAAGAGGGGCGAAAGCUAUGGGCUGAUGUUCUAAAGGACAAUCGGAAUCCGGCGAAAGGUCGUGCUAUGAAGUUCAUACCCCCUCAAGUUGUGGAAGGGAAAAUCGAGGUACAAAUUGAAGAAGAUGAUGUCAGAUCUGAAGUCAAGUUCUGGGAAUCUUCUCUGAUUCUCUAUGCAAUGGGAGCGGAUUUGAGUAUGAAUGCUGUCAAAAAUUUUAUGACCAGGUCUUGGAACUUUGUUCAACUGCCGGACAUGUAUUUCAAUGAUGAAGGGUAUUUCAUUCUCCGGUUCAAAUCGUUCACAGAUCGAGAUGAAGUGUUGCUGAGAGGGCCGUACAUGUUAAGAAACAUCCCUUUGUUGAUUCGUGAGUGGAGGCCAGAUUUCAAGAUCAAGGAUGAGCUAUUACGAACCCUACCUAUUUGGGUUAAAUUUCCUCAACUCCCUAUCGUGUUGUGGGGAGAUACAAGCCUGAAUAAAAUUGGAAGUGCCCUGGGUAAACCUAUUAUGACAGAUGAAUGUACUGCUAAUAGACUGCGAGUAUCCUAUGCGCGUAUUCUUGUUGAAAUGGAUAUUACCAAGGAACUACCUCAAUCAAUCACCAUAGCGGAUCAUGCUGGAGAAAAGAUGCAACAAGCUAUUGAGUAUGAGUGGAGACCUCUUUUCUGCAAUAAGUGUCAAAAGGUAGGUCACUGCUGUGAUAAGCCUAAGUUGAGGAAACAAUGGUUACCUAGAAAUGUGAUACAACCUGAAACUAAUGUGUUGUCUAAGAAGGUUGAGGAUGAUAAUAAAGGGCCAAAUGAAAUAGGAACUGUCAAUUUGGAUAUAGUUACAAGCAGGAAGGGUAAUGCUAAUUCUACUGCUGCUGAGAUUCCUGCUAUCAGAAGUAAGGAGGUGGAAAAAGUUAUAGAAAAAUGGACGGAGGUUAUUAAAAGUGGAAGAGGUCGAGGUAAACAGAUAGGUAAGGUUGGUGCUACAGGUAUGAGUUCACAUGACAAUGGGUUUGAUGCUCUAGAGAUUUUGAAAGAUCUCCUAGAGGCUCAAGACACUGGCCAAUGA